UGGCCCUUUAAGAAUUAGGCUACAGUGGAGCGGUCCUCUAAUCACAUUUCAACGUGAAAUCGUCUGGUACACAAUUUUACUGUUUAUUGUACCGAAUCGCAUAACCCAAGGUAUUUGAUGUCGUUCGCAAGCGAAUAAGACUACGGCCAAGAAAAUGAUCUGCAUUUUAUUGGUAGCUGGCCAUGGCACUGUUCUAGAAACUCAGAUAAAGGUAAGUUGUUUAUGUGAGCAGACGAGGUUUGGGUGCAGAGUUCGCGUACAUGGUUGGUUCAUUUCACAACACAAGCAGGUCAAUGCACACAAAAACAUACACUGCACUUCAAUAAUACCAAAUCAGACUUACCGUCGCACAAGGUAGGCUAACUACUAAAAUAAUGCAAAGAUUUAGUUUAUUCGUGAAGAUAACUUUUUCUCAGGAAGAAAAAUGUAUGUUCAAUGACACAACGUUCAGUCAGUCUCGGAGUGUUACAUAGAGUGCAUUCGGAAUGUAUUCAGAUCCCUUGACUUUUUCCACAUUUUGUUACGUUACAGCCUUAUUAUAAAAUGGAUUGAAUUGUUGAGGUCCUGAGCAUUCUGGAGCAGGUUUUCAUCAAGGAUCUCUCUGUACUUUGCUCCGUUCAUCUUUCCCUCGAUCCUGACUAGUCUCCCAGUCCCUGCCGCUGAAAAACAUCCCCACAGCAUGAUGCUGCCACCACCAUGCUUCAUGUACCAGGUUUCCUCCAAACGUGACACUUGGCAUUCAGGCCAAAGAGUUCAAUCUUGGUUUCAUCAGACCAGAGAAUCUUGUUUCUCAUGGUCUGAGAGUCCUUUAGGUGCCUUUUGGCAAACUCCAAGCGGGCUGUCAUGCCUUUUACUGAGGAGUGGCUUCUGUCUGGCCACUCUACCAUAAAGGCCUGAUUGGUGGAGUGCUGCAGAGAUGGUUGUUCUUCUGGAAGGUUCUCCCAUCUGUGACCAUUGGGUUCUUGGUCACCUCCCUGACCAAGGCCCUUCUCCUCGAUUGCUCAGUUUGGCCAGGCGACCAACUUUAGGAAGAGUCUUGGUGGUUUCAAACUUCUCCCAUUUAAGAAGUCGCUCUGGAUAAGAGCGUCUGCUAAAUGACUAAAAUGUAAAAUGUAAUAAUAAUGGAGGCCACUUUGUUUUUGGGGACCUUCAAUGCUGCAGACAUUUUUUGGUACCCUUCCACAGAUCGGUGCCUCGACACAAUCCUGUCUCGGAGCUCUACGGCCAAUUCCAUCGACCUCAUGACUUUUAUUUUAUAGACAGGUGUGUGCCUUUCCAAAUCAUGUCCAAUCAAUUUAAUUUACCACAGGUGGACUCCAAUCAAGGAUGAUCAAUGGAAACAGGAUGCACCUGAGCUCAAUUUCGAGUCUCAUAGCAAAGGGUCUGAAUACUUAUGCAAAAAUGUCUAAAAGCCUGUUUUCGCCUUGUCAUUAUGGGGUAUUGUGUGUAGAUUGAUGAGGGAAAACAUGUAUUUAAUCCAUUUUGAAAUAAGGCUGUAAUGUAACAAAAUGUGGAAAAAGGGAACGGGACUGAAUACUUUCCGAAUUAGGUCUCUUUUUUCCUAUUCACCUUUAUGACUGUAAGGCAGGCUGAGGUGUGUGUGUGUGUUUGAGAGCGAGGGAGAGAGAGAUAACUGGUCACUAUGCUAUAGGCCUGCUGAAAUAUGUCCAAGUAUCAACACCUUUUUGGGGAAUAUUAGUUCUAAGGUGUGCAACAACUGCCAAACCCACAUCCCUUCACUCCUUUUUUGUCAAUUCUCUAGAAUGAUGUCACAGGUUUGUAUGGACAGCUGACUGGGGUGCCAAAGGCAUUGUUGCCUGGGAUAGGAGGAAAGAAAAUCCUGGACUUCUGGUGGGAGACGGUGAACACGUGAGUUAUCAGUGAAAUUAAUGACUGUCGACUGCCCUUACAGUUUUCCUGUACUACAUGUCUUAUACUCAGUCCCAGUUGGCAUAAUUACAUAAUUGAAUCCCUUUAACCUUGGAAUAUGUAUUUCUCUCCAGGCGGCAGUUGUUCAGUGAGGUCUAUCUGGUCACAAAUGCAGACAAGUAAGUACAGUAACAUGUAGUAACAGUAUUGACACUUACUGUAUUUCAUCAUAACAGACUGAACUGAUCCUGCGUCCCAUGUAUUCACAUUUCAGCCAAUUGUAUUGGGAGUUGUUGUCCUAUGACCUGGGAAGGAUUGAUUAUAUAAUAUGCCAUUUAGCAGACGCUUUUAUCCAAAGCGACUUACAGUCAUGUGCGCAUACAUUUUUACGUAUGGGUGGUCCCGGGGAUCGAACCCACUACCCUGCCGUUACAAGCGCCAUGCUCUACCAAUUGAGCUACGGAGGACCACUUACUGCUUAGCUGUUCACCUAUGUCUCCCAUUCCAGGUAUAAGCACUAUGAGCGCUGGGCAACGGCCAAUGACUUCCCUGUGGAGAAUGUAGUGAACGACGGCAGCACCACCCUCGAGGGCCGGCUUGGAGCAGUGGCUGACCUGGAGCUCGCCAUCCGCAGCCGCAAGCUGCAAGACGAUGUCAUGGUGGUAUGGCACGGCACUGAUCCUAGACGUCACUUCAUUAUCAUUUUAUAAUUUCCUAAUUGUGUGGAUUGAAAUGUUCCAUUGUGUGGUAAUUAUUUUCCAAACUGUGUUUGUGGACAGAUUGCAGGGGAUAUGCUCUGUGCAGACCAGAACUUUGAUAUUGCUCAGGUUCUCCGCUUCUUCAAGUCCAAGGUAAGAUAACAUACUGUAUGUGCUCCUUCUGGUGAAUAACAACAUAUACCUCACCUCUGAGAAACUGUAACCACACUCAUAGUGGAGUAGGUUUUUGGCCUUGUUUACAUGUUAGUAUCUCUGUCUUUGACAGCCUGGAGAGCUGGCCAUAUACUAUGAGCUGGAGGAGGGAGAGAAGAGCAGCUCCAGGGGUAUAGUGGAGGUAUGCCCUGAGACCCACAGGUAGGUAACAGGGAAAAAAUUAUCUGUGGCAGAACUUAUCUUGAUACCAGUAUAUUGUUGAUAGCAGUACUCCCAUUUGAUCACUGUAUGGGUAAUUUGCCACCAACAGAAAAGCCUAAAAGCUUGGGUAUCUCUGUGUAUUUUAGGAUAACUCGCUUCCUUGAGAAGCCACAGGAGGGUGUGACAGCAUUGCGUCUGGCCAGUGUGGUGUUCUACUGCCUUCGCAAAGCCACACUGCCUUACCUCUCAGAUUUCCUCACCCUGCAGCCGCAAGCCCAAGACAGGACCUUCGGCAGGUUCUGGGUCAGUAAAGACUGUGAACAUGGGAAUAUUUGGGUUCAGUUCAGUUUUCAAUUCAGUGACUUCCGGAAGUGAAUUGAAAUUCAAUUCAUUAAUUGAAAAUUGCCUGUUAUUUUAUAUGAGCAUUUUGAAGUCAUGAUUUGAAUUUCAAUUCACUUUCUGAAUUGAAAGCUGGAUUGACCCCAACUCUGGUUAUUACUGUAUCGUUAGUACUGUCUAUCAAAUCGGUUAGCAACUAACACUCACAUCACGAGACUCCCUGUUUGUCUUUUCACCCAGGAGUGGAUCAUCAAUGAGGAGAAGUUACCUGUGUUUGGCAUGAAACUGCCCACAGGGUUCCAGCUCAUUGGACAAGUGGUGGGUUGCUUUUUCCCCCACCCAUACAGACUACUGUUGAGUUAACAUAAUAUGCUAAAUGACAAAUAGUGUGACUAUAGUGUAAGUUUCAGUUCAAGUUGUUAUGAAAUGAGAUAUGUAACUCUCCACUGGAGAGCAUGCAAAUAGAUUGACAGUCAUUUAAGCAUCACAAUAUAGUGGAAGGAAGGUGGUAUGACUAGAUGGUUAGCUCUAUUGGAAAGAGUGAUUUGAUGAUGAUAUAUAUUGGCGAUAUGCAUUUAUCUUCUGGAUAUCACAGGGGCUGUCAGACUACACCAAGUGGCUUGCCCACUAUUCUGCCCAGCAACAGCAAUUCCCUGCCAAACCUAUAACGUGCCGCUCAUACGCAAGGUAGACUGCACCGCUACAAAGACUUUAUGAUAAAUAGUAUUGAUGGGUUGUUCUCUCAGCUUUUGGACUCCAUCUUCAGUGAAUAUGUCCUUUCAGCGAAUGUGAUCUAACAUCAUCUUUCACUUCCUCAUAGAGUUGGACUGAUGGGGAAUCCUUCUGAUGGCUUCAAUGGGAAAACGAUUGCCAUGACCAUCUCCAACUUCUGGGCUGAGGUCACACUGAUGGAGAGCCAGACUCUGGUAACAGUCAGACUUGACUCCAGUUAAUAUACAGUACACGGCAGGACAAUACAAAAUGCGUAGUGUCAUCUCUGAUAAAACAUUUAUGUAUUCAACCAUAUAGAUGGUAUGAAUGAUAUGUUUGCUCUGUUUUCUUCAGGUUCUUAUGCCUCAUCCGCUCAAUGACCCGACUGAAUUUGGAAGCUUGCAGGAUCUGUACUGUAUCAGCCGUAAGGAGGGGUCAGUGUAAAAGCCCUAAUGCAACACAUACAUGCAGUAUAUUUAUAUGAUGAAUUCCCAAACCUUAUUGAAAUCGAUAUUGUUUUGAUCUACAGGUACUUGGGAGGUCUACGGUUACUCCAGGCUACCUGUAAAAAGUUUUACCAGUUCUGUUCAAAACAAGGGUGAGAAACAAUGUCAUUGGAGCCAGUAACAGCAAGUGCAGAUUAUUCGAUAACUCUGAUGUGGGGGGCUACAGCUGAAAAUUCAGAUUCUGACAUGGUUAAUGCUCAUUUGAGUCCCUGCAUACUUUCUUUGGCAGUAUCGCUUUGACAAAGCAGAACUUCACUCUCAAGUAUGAUACCAACAUUCCUCGCCAGGUGGUAAGUGUCUACACUACAGUCUCUCUAUUUAAAGGCCCACUCUGUGAUAUUUAUUAGGUGUUUUUGUUCAUUUGAAUUAAUGAUACCCAUUAACUCUUGAAGAAUAUCACUUAUAAAUGUCUCAUGAGCCUAGUUCAUGACAGUGUAUCCUGUGAAAGUCCCCGAGAGAUCUUUAUGAAUACUGUUUUCAAUUAUGUUAGGCCAAAAGGCUAGUGAUAAUGUUAGUGAUUGAUUUAGUUAUUAUUUCUCCCCUCCCUGCUUUGUUGAAGGGCCUGGCAGGAAGUAGGUAAGCGCUGCCUGGUGAACUAUUAUGUUUCUUCUAUAUUUUAUAGAUUAACCACAUACCAAUCAAUAUUUCUUCUGAGUCAUAUACUUUUGCCUUUUUUGGUCUUGUCAUCUUUUCUAGCUCAAACACCCUUUGUGUUCAUAAUUACGUUUCUGUCUAUUUAUACCAUGUUAUAACGUCUUAAUGUGUAUAAUUAAAUAAUGUCUUCUCUAACAGUGCAAUAGUGUCUGCCACCCUGAAGUGUCUGAUGAAAUUCUACAACAUCACAGAAAAUGUAAGAAGAAUAACAUGUUACUCUGGAGUUCACUCUAAUCAUGUGCCAAAAAAAACCUGUGUUUAGUUGUUUUGUUCUGUUGUUUGCCCUAGGAUCUUCCCAAACCCAUCAGGGCCAACUUCAUCCUCAACGUCGAGACGGAUGAACUCUUCAUCACUGCUGGUCUUCAGGACAGAGUUGUUCAGGUCAGCAAUAAAAAGAUAACACUCCCCUUUUCCCACUACUGAGCUGAGCCAAACCAAGCGGAGCUGUACUGUACUGUGCUGACCUGGUUACUGUAGUUGUUGUAAUUGUCCUGGAAAGGACAAUGUGAAAGGAAAAUAUCUCCAUAGUAGUUGAGCCUGUGCUGCACAGCUAAAGUUUUUUUCUGACAAAAAUUGUGUUUUCUUUUCAUUGCAGGUCUAUGAGGGCUUGGUCUACAUGGACUUUAGCAAACAACUGAUGGAUGAACAGGGCUAUGGUAUUUGAAAUGUGAAGUCUCAGUAGCUGUUAUAGCACAUAAACAUAUUUUAUGAACUCCUAUACAUAAUAAGGACUGCCAGUAUAUUAACGCUAAUAAUAAUGGUGAAUACAGCUGUGAGCAGCAAUGAACAGGGUUCACAGGAUGUCAGAAACGACAAGAUCAGUAUCAUAACAAAGCAAGCAUUAUAUCAUGUAGGAUCUAUCUUCCUUUAUGUGCAAUCUGUUUUUUUACAUUUUCUUUUUUUUGGUCAUUUAUCAGACGCUCUUAUCCAGAGCGACUUACAGUUAGUGAGUGCAUACAUUUUCAUACUGGCCCCCCAUGGGAAUCGAACCCACAACCCUGGUGUUGCAAGCGCCAUGCUCUACCAACUGAGCUACACGGGGGGCCUAUCAGUGAAAGCAUUACCAUGUUUCUCUCAAUACUACAAGGAUGAAGCAAGUGAAGUUAAGUCUAGUGCUGUAGGUUGGUUAUCUUGGAAUGCAGCAGGUAAUCAUACUUAAUGUAUUGAGUUUACCGUAUAUAUAAAUAUGAAUAUUUAUAAGUAUAUACACUGAGUGUGCAAAACAGUAAGAACACCUGCUCUUUCCAUGGUAUAGACUGACCAGGUGAAUCCAGGUGAAAGCUAUGAUCCGUUAUUGAUGUCACUUGUUAAAUCCACUUCAAUCAGUGUAGAUGAAGGGGAGGAGACUAGUUAAAGAAGGAUUUUUAAGCCUUGAGACAAUUGAGACAUGGAUUGUGUAUGUGUGCCAUUCAGAGGGUGAAUGGGCAAGACAAAAUACUUAAGUGCCUUUGAACGGGGUAUGGUAGUAGGUGCCAGGCGCACCGGUUUCUGUCAAGAACGGCAACGCUGCUGGGUUCUUCACGCUCAACAGUUUCCCAUGUGUAUCAAGAAUGGUCCACCACCCAAAGGACAUCCAGCCAACUUGACACAACUGUGGGAAGCAUUGGCGUCAACAUGGGCCAGCAUCCCUGUGGAACGCUUUCGACACCUUGUAGAGUCCAUUCCCGACGAAUUGAGGCUGUUCUAAGGGCAAAAGUGGGACGUGCAACUCAAUAUUAGGUGUUCUUAAUGUUUUGUACACUCAGUGUAUAUGCUCACUGCGCAAGCAGCAGGACUUCCAGUUUCUUAUUUUCCAAAAAUAAAAUAUCCACUUUUCACUACAAUCAGACCACAUAAUAGGGCAACAAUAUGUGAUUAUACAGAUAUACUAUUCACGAUAUUUAACAUUGUUCGUCUGCAUAAUUAAAAUCUAACAUUCAUUUGCAUGAGACAAAGUCCACUUGAUCAAUGGUUAUUGCUCUAGUAUCCUGGUGCCAAUGACAUCUAUAGUGCCACCAACUGGUCUGGUGCAGCCAUCCAAGGUUGCAGUGACUUUAUAUUCACACAGCUUCUAAGGACAUAUACAUAAGAUUUACAUACCAAAUGUCUUGGCCCCAUGUCCAUCGGUUCAGUUCUUAUAGCGCUGGUGUGAUAUGUUGCCGUCGAGUGGUGUGGCGUGGCCAACCUUGAAUGCAGCAACUCAUAAUUCAUUGAGUCUAUAUAUCAAAUCUUGAGUCAAUCUGACUUAUGGUUCAUGAGAAGAAGAUUUUCAAAGUAUUUUAUAGCAUUAACAUAUGUGCUAACGCGCAUCUAUAGGUACAGUGCGGCCAUAUUUGAAUUCAACAAAAAAAAUUCUCAAAACCAUUAAAGACUCAUAUAAUGAGAUAACAAUACCAAAUUCAGUGUGGUUAAUCUUAGGGACGUCCAUGAUAGCGACGACAAUUUUCAAGUUGAUAGGCCACUGUGGAGUUGAUUUACAGUGGUUUUAGGUGGAUGCAUAAAGUCAGAUGUUUGAUUUGUCAAUAGCUCAGCCAUCUUUUGACCAAUCCCUUAGCUUUUCUCAAACUAGUUAAGACGUAACACGGGCCUACAUUUCACAUUUGAUCUAUGGUUCAUGAGAAGAUUUUUUAAAAGUAUUUUUUACAUAUUGUAGCAUAUUAGCGUAUGUGCUAAUAUGCAUCAACUGUUAUAGUGUUGCCAUCUUUGAAUACAUCAACGUCAUUUCUCAAACUCUUUAUGGACUUGUGAUUUGGAGUGAAUCUUACUUUUAGUCGAUGAGAAUAUUUUGUAUUAUGAUUUUAAGCAUUAGCGUUACAAAGUCAAAAAAGUGUUAAUAGUUUCCUUAUUUUUUAAGAUAUCAAUGCCAAAUUUAGCAUGGUUCAUCAUAGUAAUGGCUUUGAUGACCCUAAAAUGUUUCAAGUUGAUAGGCCAUUGUUGAGUGGAUUUACGAAGGAUUUAAAUGGACACGUAAAAUCUCAUUUCCUGAUUUAUCAAUAACUCAGCCAUCUCUUAACUGAUCCCUUAUCUGUUCUCAAACUAAGUUAAGAGCUAGACCUAAAUACCGAAUUUGGUUCAUGAGAGGAAGUUCUUUAAAUAUUUUCUGAAAUUUCCAAGAUGGAGGCAAAUCUAUUCCGCUGGACCUUAUGGGUCCUUGAGGCAAAUUUGUUCAACAUGAGGAAAGACACCUACAUACAAAGAUUCAAGUCUCUAGGUCAAACCGGGUGACGGACAUUAGGGUGUAAUUGAGACUGCUUAUAAUAGUGCCACCUAUAGGCCAAUCGGUGCUAUUAUUUUUGAUCAAGUUACUCAUGGCCUCUAGUUUCGUUGUGCCAAAUUAGAAAAAAGUUACCAAUCUAUGCUUGAUAACUGAACCCCUGCAGGGGUGUCACUCAUUCCACUGAGGUUUUAGUUUUUUCCUUUUAAUUAAGACCUAGACAACCAGGUGACCUUAAUUCAUCAGUCAAGUACAAGGGUGGAGUGAAAACCAGCAGACACUCGGCCCUCCAUGGAAUGAGUUUGACACAUGCGGCCUAAUGAUUGAUUAAUGAUAAUGAUUUUUGAAAAGUAAUUAAUUUCUUUAGGGGUAUGUGAGUUUGUGCAAGCGUGUUUUUAAAGGCAGCUGUGCAUAUCUUUGUGCAUCCUCUUACAUAUAUCUCGAGCUGAACAUUUAUGUAUACAUUAUGUAACUGAGUUUACAAUUAACCUUUUACAUGUUCAUGUUUGUGUGUUGACUGUACACAGGGGAUUACAUUUCUAUGGACAUGAGCAGCCUGCCACCGUUCUGGUUAGCUUAUCUGAGUGAUCCCAGUGACUCUGGUCGGAUUCACAGCAACGUCAGACAGCGCUGGCUCAAUGGUAAGACACAUACACACACACACACACACGGUAAGCUCGGUUGGCAGGCAGCAAUGUUCACCAAGGUUGGGGUCAAUUCCAUUUGGAAUUUCAGUUAAUAAUAAUAAUAAUAUAAUAAUAAUAUGCCAUUUAGCAGACGCUUUUAUCCAAAGCGACUUACAGUCAUGUGUGCAUACAUUUUUACGUAUGGGUGGUCCCGGGCAUCGAACCCACUACCCUGGCGUUACAAGCGCCAUGCUCUACCAAUUGAGCUACAGAGGACCACGUUAACUUCUUGUAUUGACGGAAUUAUCACUUCAUCGAUUUUAAACUGUAGGCUAGAGGAAUCAGAUGAUAAUGAACAGGAAUACUUUUGUUAUCUAUCCGUAUUUAGUCCAUCUGUCCACCUCUGUUUUCAGGAGAAGCUGAAGUGGUUGAGGCCAUGAAGUCUUUUGCGGAGCUCACAGAUAAAGCCAGGUUUGUGUGAGAUGUUUGCAGGCGCACAGGUUCAAUGGCAGUAGUGCCCCUGGUGCAAUAGCAAAGGCACAACAUCACUGGAUGGUAGUUAUGGGAUUUGAACCAGCAGCCCUCUGGUGCUUGUCUGCCCCUCGAACCUCUGUCUACAUACUCCGCCACAAAGUUAUUGCCUGUCUCUUUGAUAUGGCUUAAAGAUGCAAUCUAGGAUCUUAAGCGCAACAAAUUCGUAACAUGUAAAAAAAGAUGUAUACAGUACCAUUCAAAAGUUUGGACACCUACUCAUUCCAGGGUUUUUCUUUAUUUUUACUAUGUUCUACAUUGUAGCAUAAUAGUGAAGACGUCAACACUAUGAAAUAACACAUGGAAUCAUGUAGUAACCAAAAAAGUGUUAAACAAAUCAAAAUAUAUUUUAUUUUUGAGAUUCUUCAAAGUAGCCACACUUUGCCUUGAAGACAGCUUUGCACACUCUUGGUAUUCUCUCAACCAGCUUCAUGAGGUAGUCACCUGGAAUGCAUUUCAAUUAACAGUUGUGCCUUGUUAAAAGUUAAUUUAUGGAAUUUCAUUCCUUAAUGCGUUUGAACGAAUCAGUUGUGUUGUGACAAGGUAGGGGUGGUAUACAGGAGAUAACCCUAUUUGGUAAAUUACCAAUUCCAUAUUAUGGCAAGAACAGUUCAAAUAAGUAAAGAGAAACGACAGUCCAUCAUUACUUUAAGACAUGAAGGUCAGUCAAUCCGGAAAAUGUCAAUAACUUUGAAAGUUUCUUCAAAUGCAGUCGCAAAAACCAUGAAGCGCUAUGAUGAAACUGGCUCUCAUGAGGACCGCCACAGGAAAGGAAGACCCAGAGUUACCUCUGCUGCAGAGGAUCCGUUCAUUAGAGUUAACUGCACCUCAGAUUGCAGCCCAAAUAAAUGCUUCACAGAGUUCAAGUAACAGACACAUCUCAACAUCAACUGUUCAGAGGAAACUGUGUGAAUCAGGCCUUCAUGGUCGAAUUGCUGCAAAGAAACCACUACUAAAGGACACCAAUAAGAAGAAGAGACUUGCUUGGGCCAAGAAAUACGAGCAAUGGACAUUAGACCGGUGGAAAUAUGUCCUUUGGUCUGAUGAGUCCAAAUUUGAGAUUUUGGUUCCAACCGCCGUAUCUUUGUGAGAUGCAGAGUAGGUGAAUGGAUGAUCUCCCCAUGUGUGGUUCCCACCGUGAAGCAUGGAGGAGGAGGUGUGGGGGUGCUUUGCUGGUGACACUGUCAGUGAUUUAUUUAGAAUUCAAGGUACACUUAACCAGCAUGGCUUCCACAGCAUUCUGCAGCGAUACGCCAUCCCAUCUGGUUUGCGCCUAGUGGGACUAUCAUUUGUUUUUCAACAGGACAAUGACCCAACACACCUCCAGGCUGUGUAAGGGCUAUUUGACCAAGAAGGAGAGUGAUGGAGUGCUGCAUCAGAUGACCUGGCCUCCACAAUCACCCAACCUCAACCCAAUUGAGAUGGUUUGGGAUGAGUUGGACCGCAGAGUGAAGGAAAAGCAACCAACAAGUGCUCAGCAUAUAUGGGAACUCGUUCAAGACUGUUGUAAAAGCAUUCCAGGUGAAACUGGUUGAGAGAAUGCCAAGAGUGUGCAAAACUGUCAUCAAGGCAAAGGGUGGCUAUUUGAAGAAUCUCAAAUAUAAAAUAUAUUUUGAUUUGUUUAACACUUUUUUGGUUACUACAUGAUUCCAUAUGUGUUAUUUCAUAGUUUUGAUGUCUUCACUAUUAUUCUACAAUGUAGAAAAUAGUAAAAAUAAAGAAAAACCCUUGAAUGAGUAGGUGUGUCCAAACUUUUGACUGGUACUGAAUAUAUUUGCAGGACGUAACAUAUCAUACGAAAUGGAUGAUGUAGGACACAAUUUGAUGACGUAGUACACAAAAAACCUGGGAGCACUUUUGGCUCGUAAGCACCACUCAAAACUACUGGCAAGAAUUAGUAGUGCAUCUUUAAGUGAGCAUUACCUGGUAAUGAAACAGUUGGGUUCUCUUGUCCUCCACAGGGUUGCGCUACAGGGAAUGGACUGGAGCAGGCUGGCCCAGUUGAUGGAUGAGAACUUUCAGCUGCGACGGUAAAGAAAAGUGUGACACCCUUUGAGCCUGUCAUUGGUUUUAGGAAGUUAAUCUCUUUGCUCCCAUGGAAAGAUAAAACAUGAUCGUCAACUGUCAUAGGGCCAGAAGAUUUUCCUGACCCACAUGACCUGAUCAGGAAAAACUCUUGGCCCUAAAGAGUGAAUUUUCAUAAACGAACAGCAUGAUUUUACGUAGUAAGAUUUAAGGGCACCUCAUUGUUCACAACAGGAAACAACUAAUACUGGAACGAUCUCUGUCCUAUAGGUCUGUGUACACCGAAGACUGUUUGGGACCAGGCAAUCUCACGAUGGUGCAACUGGCAAGACAGGUAAAGUAUAGAGUUACAAUUUCCAAGAUUAUCGUAUCUUUUUCCGAUUCUGCUCCUUUGUAGUUUUUGUUUAUCAUUCAGUGUGUUUGCUUGCAUUGCUUGCCAAUGCAGUUUGGCUCAGCUGCGAAACUACCCGGCAGUGGUGGUGCUGUAGUGGGCUUGUGUCUGGACCAAGGAAGACUGGUAAGACUUCUACUUUCACAUCUUAAACAACAAUGUAUACUGUAUGCGCUGUGGUAUCAAUGGAAAAUAGAUUAAUUGUGUUUCAUACUUUGGUCACUUUAUUUUGAUAGUCCCGUAUAAAUGGUUAAUUGACGCUCAAACUACUAUCAACUGCAACUCUGUAAUAUAACUCGACUUUACUUGAUACACCACAGCUUCCUAGGGUUAGGGCUAAAGUUUGAUAGUUACUUGAGCAUCUAUAAACGGGUCCAUCUGUAGGCCUUACGUAGAGGACUAUCCAGAUACAGUGUUACCCAUACAGUAGUAAUGUUGUGCCUGACUUUUCUUUGACACUAGGUGGAGUUGAGGAAAGCGUUCCAAGAGGCUGGCUGUGUGUUCUGUGUGAUUGUGCCAUAUAACCCAUCUGGUACCAUUGGAACCAACAGCCAACACUGAUUUUAAAUUAUUUAUAAUGGGCAUCUUAAUAAUCAAUCAAGUGUCAAAUCUGUAGCUAGGAUAACACAGCAUUAUAUUUUUCUAUUUAUGUGGGCAAAUUUGUAGCCCUUGAUUUCCUGUAUGAAUGGAUUAUGAUGAGACAGUUGUAAAAUUAAUCUGCCUUGUAAUGGUUUGUGAGUAAUUUAAUAAAUGUAACACAUUGUCUUUUUAUGAACAUUGAAUAAAUAAGGUUUAUUAAUUUUUGAGGCAAA